CUAUAUACUAUCCUUUUACUUUAAUUUUUCACCAAUGGAAUUGGGAAGCAUAACCGACUUCCUUCAGAACAAGAACAUUUUGGUCAUUGGUGCCACUGGCUUCCUUGCCAAAAUUUUUGUGGAGAAGGUACUGAGAGUGCAACCAAAUGUGAAGAAACUUUAUCUACUUUUGAGAGCAACAGAUGCCGAAUCUGCCUCUCAACGAUUGCACAAUGAGAUUAUGCGGAAGGAUUUGUUUAGAUUGUUGAAAGAAAAUGUUGGUGCAAAGUUCAAUGCCUUUGUUUCAGAAAAGUUGACUCUUGUGCCUGGGGACAUUUCUCAAGAGGACUUGAAUUUGAAAGAUCCCAUUCUACGCGAAGAAAUUUACAAUCAAAUUCAUUGUAUAGUCAAUUUUGCUGCCACAACUAACUUUGAUGAAAGAUACGAUGUUGCAUUGGGUAUAAAUACAUUCGGAGUUAAGCAUGUUUUGAACUUUGCCAAAAGUUGUAUUAAGCUAAAGGUGCUUGUCCACGUAUCAACAGCAUAUGUAUGUGGUGAGAGAGGAGGACUCAUAGUAGAGGAUCCAUGCCAAUUGGGUGUGUCGCUAAAUGGAGUGCCUGGACUAGACAUUGGCAUGGAAAAGAGAGUGGUGGAGGAUAAGAUGAACCAACUUCAUGAAGAGGGAGCCACGGAGGAGGAUGUUAAAAUGGCCAUGAAAGACUUGGGUAUGAAAAGAGCAACUUUAUAUGGAUGGCCAAACACAUAUGUCUUCACAAAAGCAAUGGGAGAAAUGCUUGUAGAAACUCUAAAGAAAAAUAUGUCUGUUAUUAUUGUACGUCCCACAAUGAUUACCAGUACUUACAAAGAACCUUUCCCUGGAUGGGUUGAAGGAGUAAGAACCAUAGAUAGUGUAAUUGUUGCUUAUGGCAAAGGAAAACUACCAUGCUUCCUUCUAGACAUCAACGCAAUUUUUGACGUGAUACCAGCAGAUAUGGUAGUGAAUGCAAUAAUAACUACCUUGGUGGCUCAUGCAAAUCAACCUUGUGAUAAUAUUAUAUAUCAAGUAGGUUCCUCUAUUGCAAAUCCAAUAAGAUACCACAAUCUCAAAGACUACAUCUAUAGAUAUUUCAAGGCAAAACCAUGGGUGAACAAAGAGGGAAAUCCUGUAAUGGUCGGCAAAGUUACUGUAUUGGACACCAUGACUAGCUUCCAGAGAUACAUGUUCAUUCGUUACUUGCUUCCAUUGAAGGGACUAGAGCUAGCCAAUGUAGCCUUUUGUCAAUAUUUUCAAGGAAUGUGUCUUGACAUUAGAAGGAAGAUCCAUAUAGUGAUGCAAUUGGUCGACCUUUACAAGCCCUACGUGUUCUUCAAAGGCGUAUUUGAUAAUAUGAACACAGAAAAGUUGCAAACAGCGGUCAGACAAGGUGAGGUAGAGAUGGAAUAUUCGGUUUACUUUGACCCUAAAAUGAUUGAUUGGGAAGACUACUUCAUGAAUAUCCAUAUUCCUGGUAUAGUCAAGUAUGUCUUCAAGUAAUAUCUACUCUGAAAUUUAAAUUGGAUCUUUUAUCUUUUGUGUUUUAAAACUUGAACAUCUUUAGUAGGAAAAAUCCUCUUUGUUUAGUCAUUCUCUCCUUCUCCUCCAUUAUCCAUUCUUUUUCUUCUUCUAUCCCCAUCAACCCCUAAAGUGUAAAGUCUUUUAUGGUAAUGAGAGGUUAAAUUCCUUAUUGUUCGGAGUCUGGCAGGUCAAAUUCUUGUAACGUAAUUCUUCCUUACUAUCUAUUUAAUGUAAUUUAAUUUUUAUUGUUCUU